UCCCUUACCAUUUACGCUCUUUCUUUCUCCUCCGGCACACUCCAAACCUCAAUCUUGAUGUGAACGUCUUCACUAGUUAAUUGCGUGGUUUAGUAUCUGUUAUUGUUUUCUCCAUAACUUAGUAUCAUCUUAUAAUAGAAUUUAGAUCUCUUGUUUUUGAUAAGAAACUGUGACGAUGGACAACGAGCUGUUUAUGAACACAGAGCUUCCUCCAGCGCCGGAGAUGGCGGUGCAUUUUGAACAACCGUCCUCUUCAUCGGCGAUGCUUAACUGGGCCUUGAUGGAUCCGAAUCUCGCUAGUAAUUCGCCCCCGCAGGAUUGCUUUAUGUGGGAAAAGUCAACGGAACAACAACAGCAACAACAGAGCAUCUUCGACUCUGCUCUGAGCUCGCUCGUCUCCUCACCGACGCCGUCGAACUCAAACUACUCCGGCGGCGACGGCUUCAUCAUCAGAGAACUCAUCGGGAAGCUUGGUAACAUCGGGAACACCUCCGGCGACAUCUACGGAGCUCCGAUGAACAGUAACUCUCGCUCCGCCUCGUGCUACGCGACUCCGAUGAGCUCUCCGCCGCCGAUGAUGAGCAGAACGACGCCGCUGACGGAAUUCUCGGGGGAUCCGGGGUUCGCGGAGAGGGCGGCGAAGUUCUCCUGCUUCGGCAGCCGGAGUUUCAACGGAAGGACUAAUAACUCCGGCCUCCCCGUUAACAACAACAACGGCGGCAAGAUCGCGAGCUCCGGGAAGCUGACACGUGUCUCCAGCACGCCGGCUCUCAAGGCCCUCGCUUCUCCGGAGUUCUCCAGACCGAUGAUGAUCCCUGCCGGCGGUUCGCCUCCGAAGCUCCCCGGAGAGUUUUCCCGGAAGAGGAAAUCUGUUUCUAAAGGGAAGUCUAAGGAGACCCCUCUUCCCGCCGCCGCUUCGCCGUCGCCAAGUUUCUCAAAGACGGCGGAAAGGAAAGAUGAAGGAGAAAAGGGAGGGAAAAGGAGAAGAGAGGAGGAAGGAGACGAAGAAGAAGGGAACAAAGGUAAUGACACAAAGCCACCUGAGCCUCCUAAAGAUUACAUCCACGUUCGUGCUCGCCGAGGCCAAGCAACCGACAGUCACAGUCUCGCCGAAAGAGUUCGGAGGGAGAAAAUUGGUGAAAGGAUGAAGCUGCUUCAAGAUCUUGUGCCUGGCUGCAAUAAGGUUACUGGAAAGGCACUGAUGCUAGAUGAAAUUAUAAACUACGUACAAUCAUUGCAAAGACAAGUUGAGUUCUUGUCAAUGAAGUUAUCAUCAGUGAACGACACCAGGCUGGAAUUUAACGUGGACGCUCUUGUGUCAAAGGAUGCUAUGAUUUCAUCAAGCGGUAGCCGGGUGCAUGAAUCAGGACUCCAAUUAGAGUCUUUAAGUCAGCAUAAUUAUAAUAAUCAUUCACAAUUACAUACCAAUGUUUCUUCCAAUAACAUGAUGCUCCAUCCUCCUCUGAAAUCACUGGAACCCUCUACCUUACCCAGAGGCUUCACCCACUUACCAACACUUACCCAAUUCAAUGACUCAAUUUCUCAGUACCAAUUGUUUAGUGAAGAAGAUUUACAAAGCAUUGUAGGGAUGGGAAUGGCACAUAAUCCCAACCAUGAAUCACAAAACAUGAAAAUUGAGCUUUGAUCAACCAGUUUUUUUAAGGUCUCAAGGAAGAUAAUAAGAAGAAAAAAGAAUUGAUGGGUGUACAUAACCAUUCCAAUUCAAUCUCUGUGAUUUAUUCAUAUACUCAUCAUAUAUAUAUACACAUUUAUGAAAGUAACAUAUUUUUACUUUUUUUUUUCUUUCAAAUUUUCUUACUUUACCCCUUUUUAAUCAAAUUAUGUAAUUUCUGUUCAUCAUUAGGGUUCAAUUGUAUUGUUUAUCUUUGGAUU